AUGGCUGAAAUUACAGCCCGCAAGCGCAAAGCUUCAACUGCAGCUGCAGUCCCCGCGGAUGAGGUCGCAAAAGUAAAAAAGGCUAAGAAGUCUCCAAAAACCACCGAAGUCACCAAACCCAAGAAAGCCGCAAAGGUUGUUGAGAAGAAGAUUGUCGAAAAGGAAGUUGUCGAGAAGGAAGUUGCCGAAGAACCAGUCGAGGAGUCCGAAGAGGAAGAGGAAGAGGAUGAUCAGACUGAAGCUCUUUUGAAGGGCUUUGAGUCGGAUAACGAGGAGGAGGAGAAUGCCAAAGAAGGUGGGCUCGAACCAGGUCAGGAAGUUCCAAACGCUCUCGAGAAACUCAGUAAGAAGCAAAAGAAAGCCAUCAAGAAGGCUGCCGAAGAAGCUGCCAAUGAUCUUCCAGGUGUUGUCUACAUUGGUCGCAUUCCUCACGGUUUCUACGAGGCGGAGAUGAAAGCAUACUUUUCUCAAUUUGGGGAUAUUCUCAAAAUUCGUUUGUCGAGAAAUAGAAGAACCGGAGCGAGCAAACAUUAUGCAUGGAUUCAAUUCGAGAGUAGGGGUGUCGCAGAGAUUGUAGCCAAGACUAUGGAUAACUACUUGUUGUUCAACCAUAUCCUGAAGGUUAAAUUGGUACCCGAUGAGCAACUCCCCGAGGACUUGUUCAAGGGUGCCAACCGACGCUUCAAGAAGGUCCCUUGGAACAAGAUUGAAGGUCGCAGAUUGGAGCAAGGUGCCGGAGAAGAGCAAUGGGAGAAGAGAAUAAGCAAGGCCGAGAAAAAACGCGAGAUUGCCGCCGAAAAAUCUAAGAAAAUUGGUUAUGAAUUUGAGGCACCAAAGAUUAAGUCAGCAAAGGGUGUUUCGAAGAAGCCAGUUCCAGAGAUCGAAAGUGGUGAGGAUGAACUUGCUGGAGAUGUGGAUGCAGUCAUGGCUAUCGAGGCUGCACCUGCAGUCGAGGAACCAGUCAAGGCUAAGAAAGAGAAGAAGGUCAAGAAGUCUAAGGUCGUUGAGGAGACUCCCGCUGCCACAAUCACUACGGAGGAAACCACCAUCACCACCGAAGUUGCUCCAGUCGAGAAACCAAAGAAGGCAAAGAAGGAAGCAAAGAAAGCAAAGAAGUCCAAGGCUUAA